CAGAGAUCAGGAAGCUGAAUUAAACGCUAAACUUUGUGUAUAAGUGAACGCAACUAUGUGAAACAUCGCCCUAAAGUUUUUGCGUAAAAAGGUACGAUAUUGGUAUAAAAGCAGCCGGAAGUUGGAGCCGCUAUAAUGGAACUUCUCCGCCUGACCAUUUUCCUCUUGAUUUCCGGCCUGGUGGUGUGCUCCUUGACUGAAAACGAGGAUGAAAUCUCUGGGGAGGAAAGCACGGAUCUGAAAAAUUACUUGAGAGAGGUCCACCGAGCAAUGUCCAACCAUCUUGCAAAACGUGAGACGUCUAAGGACAACCAACCUGCGACACGAGACAUGUCUGAUGGCGGCUUAUCUAACAGUAAAAUAGAUACCAUGGGGCUCGGCCGUCGAAAAGCAGGAAUGAAAAGAAGCAAGCACGGCCGCAUCAAGUAUUUACGCCUACACAAGGGAGAUGGACACCAUCGCAGGGGUCGGCCGACAGCAGGAAUGAAAUUGACAAGAAGCAAGCGCGGUAGCGGCGGGUAUUUUGGAUAUUAUAAAGGCAUGUUCUAGUGUACAGGCAGAUGUAGCCUAAGUUGUCAUCAUUUCCACGUCAAUAACUAACCACAUUCUGAGGUCAUUAUAAAGGACAAGCAUGUAACACGGUUGCGAUCGACGCGAAACGUGCCUGGGAUGCAAGAUUUUAAUUUCAGUUUUCUCUAACUAAACUUCAUUAUUCAGCAGUUUUAAAAUAGCAGAAUACCGCCCAGAAUUAAAUGUCACACCCCGUAACAGAACGUGUUGCAGACGGAUCAUAGAAGUGUUGGUGAUUAACAUAGAGCUAUAUUAAAAUCAAUAUAGCUCUAUGGUGAUUAUGGAUGUUUACUCCAGACAAUAAUUCUAAUGAGAAACUAUACAUGCUACCCUGUAUCGUAUCAUUCUGGAUAUCUGAUAGGAAAUAAUAAAAAAAAUUCGCGAAAAUGGGCUCUUGAAGCGCUAUCUGCCGCCGAGUUUGUACAAUUUCCAAGGACUAUUAUCACACUAGACAACAAGCCGAAUUGGACAUGUAUCGUAGUGUUAUUUCGUAACUGUAUUUAGUCAAUCCUCCAAGAACGCCACAAGGGAUAAAGUAACAGAUCUAGCCCCCCCCCCCCCGUCUUCAGCU